UCCAAGAGAGCCAGACAUCAGGAAGCUCGAUCAAACUGGGACGAUUUCUGCUUUGUUCUGCUUGUUGUUUUUCACAUUUUCUGCAACAAAGACUGGAUCCACAUCAACACCAUGAAGGAAAGGAGAAAUACACAGCCGCUGGUUGUGAGAUGUAAACUGGUUCUUGUGGGAGACGUUCAAUGCGGAAAAACGGCGAUGUUGCAAGUCCUGGCGAAGGAUUGUUACCCAGAGACCUACGUGCCCACGGUAUUUGAAAACUAUACAGCCUGUCUGGAGCUGGAGGAGCAGCGAGUGGAGCUCAGUCUGUGGGACACUUCAGGUUCUCCAUACUACGAUAAUGUGAGGCCCCUGUGCUACAGUGACUCAGAUGCAGUUCUACUGUGCUUCGACAUCAGCCUUCCUGAUACUGUGGACGGCAGUCUGAAGAAGUGGAAAACUGAGAUCCUGGACUUCUGUCCGAGCACACGGAUCCUGCUCAUUGGUUGUAAGACCGACCUGCGCACAGAUGUCUGCACGCUGAUGGAGCUGUCCAAUCAGAAACAGACUCCCAUCACCUAUGAGCAGGGUUCUGCUAUGGCCAAGCAGCUCGGUGCAGAGGCGUACCUGGAAUGCUCAGCGUUCACCUCGGAGAAAAGCAUCCACAGCGUGUUUCGCACCGCGGCCAUGGCCUGCAUCAACAAGCUGCAGCCCCUCCCAAAGUCCAGCCCCACCCGUCGCCUCUCCAAAAGACUCCUCCACCUGCCCAGCAAGUCGGAUUUGAUCUCCUCCACCUUCAAGAAGGAGAAGGCCAAGAGCUGCUCGGUCAUGUGAGUGGAGACCUUUCGGGUUACAGUCUUCACAUGCAACCCCCAGCCCCCCGCCUCUUUGGUCUCGGGGAAGGGGGGGUGGGCACGAUGGUUUUAUCAGGGCUUCCUGCUGAAUCCUUCCCUCAUCCCCCCGCAAACCAAACACCCCUCAGAAGAGGUGGACACUUCGCUGUCCACUUGCUCCUGAACCUUUCAGCGCACAUCCAUCUUUUUCCACUACUGUUUGUCUUGCUUUCGAACAAACAAUAUCAGUCAAGGUUUGCUCAUCGAGCUAUAAUUUUUCACCUGUGAACAGUAUGCAACUAAAAUGGUGUUACAUCGGUCCGAUUUUAAUAUAUCUAGGCACAUGUUGAUUUGUCCAAAAUUGGAAACUUGUGACAUAAAAUCUUGUGAUGUAAACGCCUCUCAGACAACUCAAUGGAUAUUUUUCUAAAUACAAAAUAAAUCUAGCAUGAAACUGUCAGGAAUGAGCAUUUCUGCACAUCUCUCUUUAGGUCUGUCAGGAUUGAAAUAGCUUGUUGCUGGUGUCCCCAUUUAGGCCUGUAAACGUGCAGAGUAUAGAGCGAGUAGUGGGACAAACCACAGUAAGAGCUACUACACAGAGUUGUUCUCAUUGUCUCAGUGGUGAGGAGAGCAGGGAUAAGAGCUGUGAACUCAGGCUGCUGUACAGACAGCAGUCUAACUAUCUCAACCAGCAUGGAUUGUUGAUGCAUGGUUGUGUAGCUCUGGACAGCGGUACUACACAGGUUUCAGUGGAGGUGAAAGAGGCUCUGUGUAUACGGCACAACUUCCGAAAUGUGAAAAAACGCAAACAAAAUAAGUUUAGUCGGGCUUCCAGUGUCUCUGCUGUCUAUUUUGGUGAUGGGGCAAUCACAUUUUAAUGGAUGAUUUAAAGUGGCUUUUAUACAAAAAGCAUUAAAGCAGUUCAAUGCCGUGCUCUCGAGUGUUAUUUAUGAAGCUGUGGCUGGUUAUUCAUGCCAGUCAAUAAUAUGGAGGCAGAGAAUAAAGCCUACCUUAGUCAGACCGACUGCUAAUGGGAAAAUCUGGUUUUCAGUUUCAAAUAUUCUUCAUACAAGAUUUGUAGCAUUGUGUUGUUGACAGUUUUUCAACAAUUCUCAAAUGGUAUGCAGUUUUGAAAAAUGCCUUUCAUUUCAUGUUCCUGGAAGUCAUUGAAAUGUUUUUGACUACUGUUAAUAUGCCUUGUGGAUUCCUUCGUUUGCAACAAUCCAAUGUAGCACUCCCAGCGUGACUCUACUCUUCCAAGACGACUGUAGUUUUGUUAAUCCAUUGACCUCCAAUAAGCAGCACUUAUUGUAGGUUACAAUGACUACAAAGCAACAAAUUGGACCCUUUUCUGAUCUUAAAUCUUUGGCUUUAUGGUUAUUUGUGUGUGCAGCUUUAAUCUUUGUGCUUCUUACCAUAAAGCAAUAAAGAUUUCAGUGCUUGUGAUGCAAGGUAACCUGUGCGGCAAUAAAGAUGCAGCUUUGUGAUUACUGUCAUGCUAAAGCGCUCCACAUCCAUGUUAUAGACUGAAACCAUCCCUGCUGUACAAAGCGGCUGCUGAUCUGUGUUUGCCCCUACUCCUCCGUGUAAGCCACUGGCAUAUAGAAUAACCAAUGGCGAUGUCCUGCUAUGAUCAGAUUAUCUGAAUCCCAGAGAACAAAACUCUUUGGGUUGGGAAGGCUAGCCUCUGCUGCCAAUUUUACAUAAUCAUAUAAAAGGAUUGAAGCAGCUUAGGACUUAGAUAAACUGCCUGAGUAAUCAAAAGUGCAGUACUUGCUUUUUAAAAUUGAAAAUCGACUUCAAAAGUUCAGCAAUCAUCUUGUAAAAAGGGCUAGUGUGUGGAAAUAAGGAAAUAAUGUGAGAAGAACAAGUAAACAAAAUGCACAGGCUGGCCCUGUCCAAAGAAAGCUAUUUUUCCAUUAUUUGUUUAUUUAGUUGAUGUGUAUUUUCUUUUUUGAUAUUUCAAAGCAUGAUGUUAGUCCCAAUGUUGUUUUUGAAAAAAGAAAAACUCUUUCUGAGAUGGUUGUAGCGUCUUUAUGGAGCUCUGGACUGCCCCUGGUCGGAGGAACUUAACGUGGUGAUUUGCAAAAAGGCUUCCAGUUCAUGUUCCCACACCAAAUUCCAGAGUAUUGCCUAGCAACAAUCCAGCACAGGAAACAGAGACUGGCUGCUGGGUUAGUUGUGUCGACGGGAGAGGGUUGGUUCACACGCAGAUAUCCCCACAUCCCUUUUUACAGCAUCAGUUAUGCAUUUUGCUUGGCUUGUUAAAAAAAAAAAAAGAAAAGUGUCUUGGUAUUUUUCUGAUGCCAGGCCUUGUGAUGAUGGGAUAGAUGAGCGUACCAUUUCAGUCAAUAUGCAGCCUUUGUGUUGUAGUCGGUGUGUGUGGUACAAUGGUGCAGUCAAACUCCUAAGCAUGUCCUAUUAAAGUUGUAUGAUUGUACAUACGUCUCUUGUUUUAUAAUCAUUGUAAGACCUCUCCAAGGAUGUCAUAUGAAAAUGAUGUUGUUGAUGUGAAUAUUUAUUUGGUAGCUAAUUUUUUUUUUUUUUAUUGACAUGUACAUUUGUUGAAAUUUGACUUUUCCUUUUUUAUUUUGUUGUUAUUUUGUUUAUGCUGUGUUAAAUAAAGCUUGCCCUGUCCGGCACCCUUA